AUGGCUCCUCACGACACCAGCAUGGAUUCACCGCCCAGCCCUCGCCAGAAACUCGCAUCGCUCCGUCUAGAAGCGGACCAGCUUCAAGCUCGGCUGGCGGCUAUUGCUGCUGAAGAGUCUGCGCUCAUUGCUGCAGUCCUGUCCGCGGUAAUUGAGGGGCUUCCCUCCGAAAUGCUUGCCGAAAUCUUCGUCUGGUACAGUCGAAUCGCCGACUGUGGGCCCCCUGUUCUUCUCGCACUCGUCUGUCGCCGAUGGCGCGAUGUCGUCUUCAACACCCCCAUGCUUUGGACCCGUAUCGAUUUUGGAGAACGGGGUAAUACGAAGACAGCUAUACAGAACAGGUUGCACCGUUCUGGGUCGACUGCGCUCGAUGUGCGCUUUGCUGGAAUUCAAGAAUGGCCCAGCGCCGCGGCAGAUAACGAAAACGACGGAUUUGAAGCGCUUGUGGAUCAGUCGCACCGUUGGCACUCCUGCGUUGUCGACUAUCGCGAAGGCAACCAUCAUGUUUUCGCCCGUUCAAAGCCCCUGGCGUUAGUGUCCCUGGAAAAACUUGUCAUCAACGCCCUGGAGUGGAACGAACUGUAUGAUCUCAACCCCGAGAGCUCCCGCCGGAUUACCGCCUUCCGCAAUGCGCCGAUCCUCCGGAACCUCACCUUGUGGCAGCUCCCCAAAGCCCAGCUGGACCUUCCGUGGACACAGAUAACCGAACUAGAGCUUUUGGGGUAUUGGCCCAAGGAUAUGCUAACGCUGCUGUGCGCGACCACCAGAUUGGCAGUGCUUACAUACGCACCGCUCUCUUGGGUGGGCACGGACAACGAGACCAGGCCAGAUUCCUCCAUGAUUGUUCUCCCACAUCUACACACCUUGUGGCUUGUCGCCGAUGAUGAGACCUCUCUCCUCCCAUCCCUUACCCUCCCCUCGCUCCGGUACAUCGCCUUGCAGGCGAGCGAAGUCGGAAUUGCGCGGCUGCAGGAUCUAGCGGAGCGUUCCGGCUUCCGCACAAAUGGCACGUUCCGCGAGCUCAACAUUACAACCACGCUUGCCAACCUGUGCCUCCUCCUGCCGCAUCUCCAGCGCAGCCUCGAAAUCCUGAGAUUGUCCUACCUCAAGUGCACCAGCGCCCAGCUUGAUGCGUUUUUCCGGGAGAUGAAGACAGACAACGGCAUUCUACCUGCUCUGACCACGCUGCGCUUGUAUUCCCUUUCCAAAACCGUCGACAUUCGGCUCGGGACUGUCCUCCAGCUUCUGCGCGCCCGCUCCGGCACUGAUGGAGCCGCAGCACUCAAAGUGUUCACAGUCGAAUAUGACGAAUCCCGCGCGGACGCCGAAGAGGCAGCCGGUGUCGCAUGGGAUGCGCAGUAUAAUCUGCAGGCAAUCGAGAAACUCUGUGUCGAGACGGGUGUGCGCUUUGCAAUGACAAACGCUGAGCUGCCGAAUUAA